GCUUCCUGAAAUCUUUUGGUUUUCUCUUCCCGUCGUGAACUCCAUCUCUCAUCUCACACCAUAAAACUCUUUCUUUCCUUCCACUCUUCCGCAACUCCCUCUCCCCAAGUAUACCCCUUCUCUCUCUACAGACCUCUUCUACCUCACCUCACAACCGCCACAAUGUCUGCCGUUCCCGGCCCCGUCUAUGGCCUCGAGGUCCCGCCUGGCGAGAUCCUCAUCCCGGCCGCGAUGGAGUUCCCUGCCUCUUUCCGCAUCACCAUGGCUGCUGUCGAUCCCACUGAGGAGCCUGAGGCCGAUGACGAGGGCAACGUUCCCUCCGUCCCUCGUUCCACUCUCCGACUGGUCAAGCGCGCCUUCCCCGGUCUUAACGACGAGGACGAUGAGAUUGACGAGGAGUACAUGAGGGCCCUUAUGGGAGCCUCUGAUGAUGAUGAUGAGGACGACGAGGAUGAGGAGGCCAACGGUGGUCCCAGCGACCCCGCCAAGUCCAAGAAGCAGAAGCAGGCUGCUGCCAUCAAGAAGCUCCUCGAGGCCAGCCAGGAGUCCUCCGAUGAGGAGAUGGAAGACGCCAAGCCCAACGGCAAGGCCAAGGGUAAGGCCAAGGCCACCAAGGAGGAGGAGGAGGAUGACGAGGAGGAAGAUGAUGAGGAGGACUCUGAUGAUGACAGCGAGGAUGGCGCUGAUCUCGAGAACUUUGUCAUCUGCACCCUCGACACCGAGAGGAACUACCAGCAGCCCCUCGACAUCACCGUCAACCACGGUGAGAAGGUCUUCUUCGUUGUCACUGGUACCCACACCGUCUACCUCACCGGCAACUACAUCAUGGAUGAUGAUGAAGAUGAGGAUGACGAGGAUGAGGACGACUAUGACCUUUCCCCCGAUGAGCUCGAGUACGCCCUCGGCGAGGACGCGAGCGAUGAUGAGAGUGACGAGCUCGACGGUCUCGACGACCCCCGUGUCACCGAGGUCGACUCCGAGGAGGAGGCCCCCAAGCUGGUCUCCGUCAAGAAGGGCAAGAACAAGCGCACCGCUGAGGAGGCUACCGAGGGUCUCGAUGAGCUCAUCACCAAGGAGGACACCAAGCUGUCCAAGAAGCAGCAGAAGAAGCUCAAGAACAACAAGGGCGAGCCCGUUGCCACCGAGGACAGCAAGAAGAAGGUCCAGUUCGCCAAGAACCUCGAACAGGGCCCCACCGGCUCUGGCGAGAAGGCCAAGCAGACCAAGGCUGCCACUGGUGUCAAGGUUGUCCAGGGCGUUACCAUUGACGACCGUACCGCCGGCAACGGUCGCACUGCCAAGAACGGCGACACCGUCGGUGUCCGAUACAUCGGCAAGCUCGCUAACGGCCAGCAGUUUGAUGCCAACAAGAAGGGUAAGCCUUUUGCCUUCAAGGUCGGCAAGGGUCAAGUCAUCAAGGGCUGGGACAUCGGUGUCGUCGGCAUGGCUAUUGGCGGCGAGCGUCGCCUGACCAUUCCCGCCCACCUUGCCUACGGCUCUCGUGGCAUGCCCGGCAUCCCCGCCAACAGCCAGCUGACCUUCGACGUCAAGCUGCUCGAGAUCAAGUGAGCGUAAGGCCUAUGCUAAGCGUUCUUGAUCCAGCGUCCACUGGGAGUGGGCGGCGUGUACUAAUACCCUCCUGUGGCCCGCCGCCUAUGGAUAUAAAUGGGCUAUCAGCUGGGUGACGACAAUUUUCUGGGUUUUGGGUUCCUUCCAUCUGCUCACUUUGUACGCUACAUGCGAUGAACAGGAGCCCUAGACCUGCGCCUUCCGCAAAGAUGCGGUGUUCACCAAAAGGACGUCGCUUCGCGGUCGGGUAGAGCAGGGAUGAUGGGGCGAGGACCUGCAUUGCAUGAAUGGCGUCUCACGAAAAGGUUUUUCUCUUUGAUGCCGCAGGAUGUCCCUCGGCAGUUGCAACGGAUGAUUGAUUAGGGCCGGUUGUGUAGGUAAU